AUGAUCCCCAAUAAAGAAAUACAACCCCCAUCUCCUUCACCAAAUUUUUGGCUUCAACAACGUUUAAAUUCUGAAGAGCCACUUAAUGAGGAAGAAGAAGAAUUAAUGAGUAUUUUAUUAAAUAAAUUUGGCAGAAAUAAUAAAAAUAAUUUAAAUUAUUUAAAAAAUGAGGAGGAUGAGGGAAAGGAGGAAUUAAUUUUAACAACAACAAAAACUUUAAAAACAAAUGUAAAAAUUAUUUAAAAAUUAAUUUUUAUUUUAUUUUAGGAUAUCAAUUUAUUUCCACAAAAAACCUUAUCUUCUUCGAAUAAUAUUUAUAACACAAAAAAUAUUAAAUACAAAAUAAUUUCAUCGCCUACACAAACACAAAAACAACAACCACCUAUUGGAAGUGUCCCCUUACC